AAAUUGAUCUGCUUAUUCAAUAAACUUUGCCUUUUUGUUAAGCGCUGCCCAGCAACAUUCUAGGUGCGCUUCGCAACAUGUGCUUAGCAACAUGUUGCCUGGCUGGCUUGCUUUUGGCGCCAAAGUCCUAGCUAUUGCGCAGAGUGUGCAACAAAUGCAGCCGAAGUUUAGCCGUCCGUUCGUGUCUGAGCUUCGUGCCGGUUAGAAGUUUGCUUGCCUGCUGAUCUCCAUUCAGUCAGCCACUGACGCCAGUCACGGAGUCCCGCAAUUCAGUUCGGUUUUUGUGUUCGUGCGCGACGCAACGUGAUGGCGGCAGCGCUUGUUGCUUUUGGUUCUAAGCGAAUUGUUGCUGCUGCUUCUGUUGCUUGAGACUUUGGCGUCAUUUCGGCCAUUCGCGCUGUCAGUUUCGAUUGGCCGGCAGCGGCGCCUGCUGCCCGUUUACCGUUUCUUGCGCGUCUCUUCAACGGGAAUGUGCUUGGGCACCUCAUUUGCGCCAUUCAAACGAUUUGUUUAUGUGAAAUACCAAUUGGAAUGUGCCCCGCACGCGAAUAAUGCGCACUAUAAACGCAGCAAUUAAUUAACUGUGUAUCGAGACGCUUUCUGCAAUUAACAGAGCUGCGAGGCGUGUGCGUGCCAUAGCAACACAAUUUGUUGUGCGUGUGUGCGCGAAGAGGAAGAAAAAGUGCCGCUAAUGCAAAUGUGUAAAAAAUUGUGCACAUAAGUGAAUUUCGUCGAGGUAGUUAACUGUUUGUACAAUAUUUGCCAUUGCUAUUGCCCAGCUAAAUGUUAAUUUCAUCACCUUGGGAACACGGCAACACGGGUAACCAGACCGACUCGCUAAAGUUGUUGUCCCAUCCGCUGGCUGUGGAUAAUUAAAUUUCAACCGCAAAGCGAGCGCCAUGUAACCACGCUGCAAUUAAAAUUUGCUUAUGCCAAAGUGGGUUUAGAUUAAGUUACACCGGCCAAACUUCGCCUACCAUAAGAAAAGAGUCGUAGAAGAAAAGUACUCUGCCAGCAAAAUGGAGUUUAACAAUUUGGCCUGGCAGCGAAGUCGCCUGGACAUGGAGCGCUCGGCGUUGAGUGAGGAGCGCCUGUAUUACAUAGCGGCACAGCAGCCGCUGUUGCACAACGAGGACGACUAUCCGGAUGCUGCGGAGGCACUGUUUUACAACGGCAGCUCCACGGAGCAGCCGAUGCAAGCCGAGGAUGCCAGCUAUCCAUCGACCACGCCCGCCUUCAAUGUGACCGUAUUGCUUAACUUUAGCUGCACCGACUCCAGCUCCCACUCGGAUGAUCUGUGGUCCAGCGACUACUUCAAGAGCGUUGUCUACCUGCUCUACAUACCCAUCUUCAUAUUCGCCCUGCUCGGCAACGGCAUCGUCUGCUACAUCGUGCAAUCCACGCCGCGCAUGCGCACCGUCACCAACUAUUUCAUCGCCAAUCUGGCUCUGGGCGACAUACUGAUGUCGCUCUUCUGCGUGCCCUCCUCCUUCAUCUCGCAGUACAUUCUCAACUACUGGCCGUUCGGCAUCGUUCUGUGCCACUUUGUCAACUACUCGCAGGUGGUCUCCGUCCUGGUCAGCGCCUACACCCUGGUGGCCAUCAGCAUCGAUCGCUACAUAGCCAUCAUGUGGCCGCUGCGACCUCGCAUCACCAAGCGAUAUGCCAAAUUUAUUAUCGCUGGCGUUUGGUUUAUCGCGCUGGCAACCGCUUUUCCCAUACCCGUCGUCUCCCGACUGGAGGUGCCCAGCUCCAUAUGGCACGAGAAGUGCGAGAAAUACAUCUGUCGCGAGGUCUGGCCCUCGGCCGAGCAGGGCUACUACUACACGCUGACCCUGUUCACGCUGCAGUUCAUCGUGCCGCUGCUGGUGCUGAUAUUCACCUACACGCGCAUCGCCAUCGCCGUGUGGGGCAAGCGGCCGCCGGGCGAGGCGGAGAACUCGCGCGACCAGCGCAUGGCACGCUCCAAGCGCAAGAUGAUUAAAAUGAUGCUGACGGUUGUAAUUGUAUUCACAAGCUGCUGGCUGCCCUUCAACAUACUACAGCUAAUGCUUAACGACGAGGAAUUUGCCAACUGGAAGCCAUUGCCCUACGUCUGGUUCGCCUUCCACUGGCUGGCCAUGUCGCACAGCUGCUACAAUCCCAUCAUCUAUUGCUAUAUGAACGCCCGCUUCCGCGGCGGCUUCCUACAGAUCAUGUACCGCGUGCCGGGACUGCGGCGCUGCUGCUGCCUGCACCGCUAUCUGCGCAGUCGCGGCGAGCGCAGCUAUGAAGCUACCGGAACGGAAGAUGCAUUCCACCUACAUCGUGUGAACACCUGCACCACCUACAUCAGCACAAGGCGAAAGCUGCGCACCAAUUCUAUGCAAAUGAGCCAAUUUUCAUGUGCGGAGACCACAGUGUUGCGGUAGCUCCCGAUGUCGCAGAGAUGCCCCAACCCCAGCUACAGCUCCAGCUCCAGCCGCGCCGACCCGCUGCUGCGUUUCACCUGAACGGCGCCAGCUACCCGUGCUCCUCCACUCAGUUCUGAGCUAAGUCGCAAAACCAAAGAUGUGCUGAAUCUCCUCUGUUAGAUAUCUAGUGCACACGUAUAGAGAAACAAAA